AUGGGAGACACCGCCGUCGUCGCUCUCAACUCCCUCCUCCGAGGUGCGUCCAUCGACGACCACGCCGAGGCGCUCGACCUCGCAAGCGCCGCCGUGCUCGCUGCAAAGGGCCGUGGCCCCCACUUGGUCGCGGCCCAGCACACGCGCGUGGUGGCACUUUUGAACCUCGACCGCUUCGACGAUGCCCUGCGUGUUAUUUCCGAGGGUGGCGAUACCCUAGCUGCGACCUGCGCGUUCGAGAAGGCCUAUGCACUCUACAAGACGGGCGAUUUGGAUGCCGCCGAGGCUGUGCUACAGGAUGCGGGCGUCAGCACCGGGAGGGCGCAGAGGGGUUUGAAGCACAUUGCUGCCCAGGUGGCUUACCGCGCCGAGAAGUUUGACCAGGCCGCCACCAUAUACCGGGAGCUCGGGGCAGGUCAGGGCGGGGCGGGCCAUGGCGAGGAGAACGACCUGCGGAUCAACCUGUCGGCGACGAAUGCGCAGCUCGAGUGGCAGGGUAAGAGCUGGGCGGUGCCGGAGCAGGAAAAGCAGCCCGGAAGGGAGGAUCUGGAGGCGUUCGAGACAGCAUACAAUGCGGCUUGCGGAUGUAUUUCCCGCGGGGACUUUGCUAAGGCUGUUGCCCUCCUCAAGCGUUCAAGAGAUCUGUGCGAGGCAACAGACGAGCUAACCGAGGAGGAGAAGAAGGCUGAGCUGGUACCCAUCGUCGUGCAGCAGGCCUACGUCUUCACAAAACUCGGGAAACUGGCCGAGGCCGUGGCCCUCCAAAACUCGCUCAACCUCGAUGAAACCCCGGAUUCUUCGGCCACGGUGGUGGCUCGAACAAAUGCUCUCGUCCUUCAGGCCGAAAGCAACCCCUACAUGGCACAGCGGCUUAGCGAGUCUCUACCGGAAGGUAAAGGGAACGACAGGUUAUUUGAGUACCAGAGCUCUGUUCUUCGCCGCAACAGAUAUGUCCUGAGUCUUCAGGUUCAGAAGUUUCCUGGCGUUGGGAAGUCCACUUUCAAGAUCCUGUCCAAGGAAGCGGUCCCGGCUAUUUCCAGCUCCAAGUGUGACCUUGGGAUUCUCGGCGCUGCAGCCGCUUCCCAGCUUCAGACUGGUCAAGAAGCCCUCCGCCAUGUUCUUCCACUGCUUGAGACCAGGCCUGACGACGUCGGCCUCCUACUCACCGUCAUCCAACUCUACAUCCAACUCCAAAACCCCGGACCUGCCAUCAACCUCCUCGAGACUUUCCUCAAGCGCCUGGAAGCUGCCACAACCCCCGACCACGCUGAUGUGCGUUUUGCGCCUGGCUUGAUUGCCCUAGCCGUGUCGCUCUACCGCACUCAAGGCCGUCAUUCGGCCAUUCGCAACGAGCUCGCCAAAGCUGCGGCACACUGGCAAAAGAAAACGGGGUCCGCCGCCAAUGGAGCAGGCACUUCUCUUUUACGCGAAGCAGGUAUUGAGCUUCUCCGCUCGUCCCACCCCGCCGACCUCGCCUCGGCAGGCGAAGCCUUCGCCCACCUCCUCGACGCUCAACCUGGCGACCGCAUCGCUAAGGCCGGUCUCGUCGCCAGUCUCGCAACAUCCGAUUUCUCCAAAGUGCAACCCUACCUUGACGCCCUCCCCCCAGUCGAGGACCUCACCCGCGGCGUGGACGCUGCCGCCCUGCUCGAGGCAGGCGUCGCCACCGCUCCGGCAGCCACCCACGCGCAAGGCAAAAAGCGGGCCCGCGAGGAAGACGAAACCGGCAAGGGGAAGCAGCAAGGGCAGCCAGCGAGAAAGCGCAGGAAGAGGAAGCUGCCCAAGUCGUACGACCCCAGCAAGCAGCCCGACCCGGAGCGGUGGUUGCCCUUGCGGGACCGCAGCAGUUACCGGCCCAAGGGCAAGAAGGGCAAGAAGCGGGUGGCCGACUCCACGCAGGGUGGUGUGGUGCGCGAGGAGGAGACCCUCGAGCUGGCUGGCGGUGCGGGCUCCGUGAGGGUGGAAAAGGCACCUGCGUCCGGCGGCGGCGGAGGAGGGAAGAAGAAGAAGAAGGGCAAGAAAUGA